AUCAAUGGGCACCUGCAAGAAAUUCCUGAUAAAACAUCACCCGACUACUCCUAGCUCCUAGACACUCGUAGCUCGAAACAUCCGUACACUUUCGAAAUAGCGAUUCAGAAACCUCAACCCGGGCGGGCACGAUGUUCAAUUCCCUAUCUCUCGGCAGGAAUAGGAACAACAACUCUGCAUCCAAAUCGCCAAACGAGGCACUCUCAGCUCACCCACUGCUCGGAGCAGUGUCUGGAAGUGGUUCGGUUUCCGAGUUAGGAGUCGUAAAUUCUGGUUCGGCCGAUGAUGCCAGCAAGACCCCGGGAGGUCCCUCUCAUAAACCUCGACAACGUCAUGGCGGAGGGGGAGGUGGUUCGCAGGGUAGCUCCAUCGGGACCCCAUCCAACGUCGCUUCCUCCCAAUCAGCGCCUGCUCUGAAUGUACUCUCCGCUAGCAAGACACCUCAGCCUUCCGCGGUGACAACCGCUUCGCCAGCCUUUGCCUCGAGCAAUCCGUCCCCGACGGGUCAAGCUGGUAGCAGCGUUACCUCGCGAUUACAGCUACAGUCCCUCAAAGCUGCCGGUCAACGUAUGGGCCUUGGAAACGGAUCAGCCGGGAUUCAGAUGCUGGAGACGUUAUUCGAAAAGGCACAGGUUAGCCGGUCGGGGUCUGGAGGCGACUGGGGCGAGAUCAUCAAGGUCUUGACAGCAGGCAAGGCGACUCUUUUGUUACCAUCGGUACCGGGCUCUUCGCUACCGGUAACGACUCAGAGUCUACGGGAUCACAUCAUGUUCCCUGCCUGUGGGACGAGCACGGGUAGCGUCUUCGUCACGAUGUCAGGCUUGACCGGAGUCAUUGAGGAAGACAGAAUCACGUUCGAGUCGUGUUUCGCUGGCGACAGCGCACUCCUGCAAGCCCUUAAGAACCCCAAUACGAGAAGUACUGCUUUGGCCAGUCUCCAACCUCUAAGGGCAUCAACGAGCACGAACGUGCAUUUCCCGUCGUUCAAUACGGGCGCUGCCAACGGUCUGCUGCCGUUUCCACCUCUGCCUCCGCCCCCACCAACAUCAAAUACGGGUAACCGGUCCAGAUCCGGUAGCAGUGCGAGCCUGGCAAGCAUCCCUCCUAUCGCCUCGUCGAGGUUGAAUCCCUUUGCCUCGCUGUUCGGUAGUAGCUCGGGACAUUCCAGCAAUGCGCCUAACACACCGCCAAGAGGAGGUGCGGCUGAAUUAUCGUCAUCGCCUGGUAAAGGGGCGUCUGCUCUGAGUCCCAGACCACCAUCCAUUGCAUCGCUCCCGCCUUUGGAAGUUACUACUGAGCAGGCAGCAGGCGCGCUCGAGCCCGAAGGAUAUCAGUUCCCAGCUUGGUCUAUCGACAAAAUCAUCAAGUAUGGGGAAGUCUGCAAGUCAUUAGGCAAGGCGAUCAGGAGGAACGUAACGGACGAACUCGAAGGGCUUCCAGACAAGAUAGUCGAACGUGUCGCUCGCUUCGUGCUAGUCUCGCAUCCCUGUUCAACAGAGAUAAAAAACGUCCCCGGGACGCCGCUGCUGAGCGUAAAUUCGCCAACAAUGGACGCGCCCCUGGACUUCCAUGCCAAGGCGGAUCACGUCUCCGAAUCUCUACAAAUCUUCUUCGAGAGCGUCUAUGACGACCUGUUGGCCCAUUACUCUUCGGCCGUCUCGGUACCGCAAUCGCCCUCUGGGUUGGGCAGUCUGAGACGCCGGGGCAGUCAGAAGGGCAAGGCGAGCCACGAGGAUACGGAAAAGACGCUCGGGGCUUCGCAGAGGAGGGAGAAACAGAAGCUUGCUGCGGAGGAGGCGGCAGAGAUACAGGCGAUCCAGGCACUGGAUGUCGUCGAAAAGGUCGUAUGCUGUCUCUUAUACAACUUCCUUUUUGCCCCUUCUGUGUCGGAUGAUUUGAGACAUGACGAGGCAUUAUCUUCCCGAGUGGCGGCCUUGAAUCUUCUAGAGCUGUCCUUGGAUCACCUGGGCGUCAAGACGAAGGAAUCUGACCCGAAGAAGCCUGACGAAGCAACGCUCGAGCGGGACCGAAUCGUGGCCGAGGGUCUCGAAACGAUUGUCAACAAGGUCGGACAGGUCUUGCAAUCGCUCGAUUUGCCGGAAAAUCACACCCCAAAGAGGAAAAGCGAGAUCUUGGUGCAAGCGCACAAAGUCGUCAUUGACGGCUUGCAACAAUUGCCUACUAUCCGGUUACGGCCAGAAGGAGAGACGUAUCAAUCCCCCGACGCGUCAUCUCAGCCGACUGCAAUCGACCAAGCUUUGGAGAUGCCGCUGUCCUCGGUUGACAGCGAGACCGCGUCCGUUCCGGGACCUCGUCCGGUGACCGUAGUCUCGACCGAGGAGGGCAUGAGUAAUAAUGAAAAAGGCAGGUCGGCGUGCGUGACCGAACUUCGAUCCAGCGCGUUCAGUGACUGCAACGCGAGCGUAACGAUUGUAGCUGCAUGCGUAUCAUCUUGCUGCGAUUCGACCGAGGGUACGCCUAGACCGGAUAGCUUGCAGGUUCAAGUGACCGCACAGGUUCCCGAGAUCAGGCUGCCGGAUAGCGUGGAUCAAUCAGACCUCGACGAAGCUCUCCAAGAUAGCAUGGUCCUCGCCGCUCCUGCGACCGAAGCCACUCAGCCUGCUGAACUCAAACUCGAAGGAGGGACCUCAGGGGCAGAUCUUUUGCUACCUAUCAUGAUCUACGCCAUUGUGAAAUCUAAUCCGAACAAGCUCGUCUCCCACCUCCUGUACGCUCAACGGUACCGAGCGGCCAUGGCUACAACGGGAGAAGCGCAGUAUGCCGUGGUCAAUACCACUGCGGCCGUGGAGUUUCUGGAGAAUGUUAAUUUGGCCGAGCUCGGGCUAUCAUCAGCAGAAAAGGUGCUCAGCGUGACGGACCUUGAACCUAUAGGUCUAAACCAUUACUAUAGCGACAAGGAUGGCGAUACGGCGAGCAUCGUCUCUGCAUCGAGCCGUUUACGGGGCCGUGUCUCUCAGGUUGGCGAGCUCGCCGGAUCGGCAGCUGGAUCAGCGAACAAGGUGCUCACCGGCGUGGUGGACUCUAGCUGGACAGCGUUGCGUGGGUUGAUGGUACCCAACCUAGGCUUAAGAUCAGGGGAGGAGGAAAUCCACGAAGGGGCUCAGUCUACCCUCCGACCGAGGUUGACUCCCAGGCGAGCUUCCGCAUUCACGCUGGCGAGCGUCACGGCGACCGUUGCCAAUAUCGCCCACGCAACCACCCAGCGACAGCGGGCCAAGACGAUCUCUGCGCCACCCAUCGCCGAGGAUCGAGAACUCCACGCCGUCUCGAGCAGACCGCCGUCUAUUAGGGAAUCAAGCGAAACUUCGGAGUCGGAACAUCAUGGUUCCGACCGAGGCGAGAUGACGGAUGACAACGAGGAUGAUGAUCUCGAAAAUGCUGAUGAUAUCGUGCAAAAGGCACUAGGCAGGAACAAGCAGGCAUCGGACGUAAGGAGCAUCAAGAGCGUGUCGUCCAUGCUCGGCAAGCCGGAGACCGACAAGCUCGAACGCUUGAGCAUACACGAGCGGUUCGCGAAUAUGGGCUUACAACGACAUCCCGAUGGGUCGAUCUCGUCUACUGCAGAUGGUAGCAAGACCGUCAUGUCGAAGAACGGUCGGACAGGCCAUCCUCCACGACGGACGACUCUGUUGAAUCCGAUGGGUUCCGAGUCGCACCCAAUCGCGCCGGAAUCGCCUCCUAUUUGUCCAGCAUUCGAUACGACGCAAUACACUGCUGAGGAUCUUGCCCCACCUAUCGAGCAGUUUAUGGAGGGCAACGUGGCUGACUUGAAGAUCUCUGAUAUCGGAGCGUUGUUAAAAGAUUACCGACGGCUGGGCGAUGUCGUCAAGCGACUGAAGAGCGAUCUGGACAAGGGGAGCCAAGACAUGACAUGAGCACACGAUGCCUCGCGCGAGAUGGACGUUUCAUAGCGAUUUGCGACUUGUAAUCCCAAAUGUAACCACUAGGAGACCUUCUGAUGAGACACUUGCUUGAUUCAUUCGAUGUUGUUUU